AUGGCAGGACAUGAUUAUGGUGACAUCGAUGUGUCUUUUCUUUAUUUGUCGGAAUUUGUUGUUGCAGAUUCUUCUAGAUCCAUUGGUGAUGUGUACCUUAAAAAACCUGAAUUCAACAGAGAGCCUUUGUAUGCAAAGUUUCGCCUUCGUGUGAACCAUUUAACAAGGCCCAUCUUGAGCACUGAACCAUCCAUUUCUGUGCAUGAAGUCCAGCCACAUGAUCAGUUCUCAUAUUUGCUUCUGAUGGCCUUUGGGAGCAUCUUAGCAAUCAGGAAGCUGUUGAUAUUGUGCAGAAUCACCCUCACAAU